AUGACUCGAGCACUCCGAUCCGCUACGCGUCACGAAACUACCGCUGACUCCAAGAAUCCUGCGUUCACAGAAGGAUCGACCGAACCAACCCACCACAGAACCAUUUCAAACAGGGCGACCACAGUCCCCCCAAGCCAAAAGACCCUUCACGGCCUUGGCCCUGCAGAUUCUCGCAUACUGCGGAAGAAACAACAUCGCCUGCGGCUAGAAAAGGCCAGGUUAGCCAAAACAGCCGCGUCGUACGGGAACCACAUCACCACCGCACUUCAGGCAACGUAUAUCUUCGCGCAGCACGAGGCCGGGACAGCCGUUUGUGUUGACUCUCAGGGAUGGAUUCUCAGCUGCUCGCAUUGCUUCGGAGAGUCGGAGGCCGAGUGGCGUGGGAAUCGGUAUAAGUGGCUGCUUGGUUAUACCGGCACGGCUGUGCAGGUUGAAUGUUGCUUUUGGGAUGGGAGGAGGGAUCUUGCUCUUGCUAGGGUUGUUUGUGUUGAAACUGUUGAAACUGAUGAUGUGGAUAUGGACGAGUUUGUGUCUAUCCCGCUGCAUUCGUCUACCUCGUCAAGUGUUUACGGCCGGACGGAUAUCGUGUGUAUCGGCCAGCCAGGUGCGGAUGACCUUGAGUCGGAGACCCCUCAGGCAACGGAUUAUGAUCUGAUUGAGAUAUCGGAGGGGAGGCUGCGAGGGCUAGUUCCUCACGCUGACCCGCAUGAUAAUUCGGAGAUCGGGAGCCUGAAGCAUGAUGCGUGGACGUAUUGGGGCCAUUCGGGGGCGCCGUUGGUUUGUGUCCGGACUGGCGAGUUGCUGGGGCUGCAUUCAUCUUGGGAUGAUCAGACCGCGAUGAGACAUGGGGUGCCGCUUGUCGCCGUUAGAGAGUUUCUGGGAUUGAACCUCCCUGGAUUUGAAGCUAUGGGUGAGGAUGAUGGGUAG